AAAAUUGUGACAUUCAUGAACCUGCAGGACAUCAGAUCAAGGAACUGACCAAACAACAUUCAGUAAAGCUGAGCGUGCAAUUCGAAGAGCUACACCAGAGUUUCUCGGCCGUUCUUUACUCACAACUGUUGUUGUUUCAUGGAUAGAAGUACCUGCAUUCAGUUUCGGGUCCUCACAACGGAGAAGUACGUUUCAAGUACUAAUCGGAACAGAUGGCGAGCUGACUUACGUUAUCUUUAACUAUGCGAACAUCGAGUGGGACGUCUACCGUGCUGGAAUAACUGAUAGCGAUGGCAACCAGUUAGUUGACCUCUCCGACAUCGAUCUGUUAUCAACUAGUAACUAUGGAGUGCCAGGAAGUAGGAUAUUCGAAAUUUCAGAUGCAGUGCGUGAGAUAGGGAAAGUUCAAUGUCAAACGUCCAACCCUUGUCAGAAUGGAGGAACGUGUACGGAUGAUGAAUGCUUUUGCGCCGAGGGUUUCCGCGGAAAUUUCUGUCAUUUAGAUGAAUGUGAUAACCUUUGUCUUAAUGGAGGGAGCUGUGAGGGAGAAGACCUUUGCACGUGUGCAGCAGGAUUUGCUGGCAAGAUGUGUCAAGAUAAGCUGACAUCUGUUGAAUGUGGAAGUAGUUCAAUGACCGUCAAAAUAGAUGAACAGCUAGUCCUAGGUAACGCAUCUGGUGUUCAUUUCCGAGACCAAUCCUGCUCCGGUGUAAACAGCUCUAGCACCGACAUCACUCUCUCUACAGGCUACGAUCAAUGUGGCACCACCUUUGAGGAGGAUAACACAACUAUUACCUUCACCAACGUGAUCACUUACGCCAAGCCUGGUUCGGAAGACGGUACAGUGAUCACCCGUGAAUAUCACAUGCAGGUUCGGGUUGAAUGUUGCCUCAAGAAAGAGGAAAUCGUCAGUGGAUCCUUCAGACCACAGCUUGGUGAGGUGUCCUUUAGCGACAAGGGCUCUGGUGACUUCAGUCUGAGACUCGAAAGGUUCCAGACAAAUGCUUUUGGUGAUCUGGAAGUUGACCCCACCUCUGCUGUCUGGCAACAAGAUGAGCUCUUCUUUGCUGUGGGUCUUGAGUCGGUACCAGGCGUUGGUAUGUUUAUUGAAAGCUGCUGGGCGACAACCACUCAAGACUCGGAUAUGGCUCCACAAUACUCUCUAAUUUCUUCAGGUUGCCCAGAUGAUGGAACAGUUGAUAUCUAUCGUCUCCUUGGAUUGAAUCGAGAAGGCUUUUCUUUUAAGGCAUUUGCCUUUGUUGGAGAUAAGACUGAGGUAUACAUUCACUGUUCAGUGAAGGUCUGUGGUACCGUGGAGGCUCAGUCGUUUCGAGACGCAGGAUGCCCCUCAGAAUCUCCACCUCCCGACCGCAAACGUCGAUCUUCGUCCUUUAUGUCCACUCAUACAAUCAUUAAUGGUCCGAUUCACAUCCGUCGCUCAACUAGCGAUAUGGCUUCUAAUGAUUUGUCUUCCUACAACCCAUUUGCGACGAUCCUCCUUGGAAUGUUAGCAACAUUGGUUGCUAUGGCAAUCCUGAUGGGUUUGGUCAAGCUUGUCCGCAUCUCAACCGAUAUCAACUAUCAGCGAGUUCCUAUUGAAGGAAUUUAAAAAGGGUCUUAGAAUGGAAAAUAUUCUCCAACUGUAUCGAAACAGGACAUCCCACAAAGUGAUCUAAAUCGUACAAACAGGGCCACUUACUACACUCAACAAAAGAAGAAAAAAAGGGACACUCUCUUUUAUUCAAAAUGUUCAUGGAUACUGUCAAUAAAAUGUAAUACAAGAAAUAAUAUUGAUGACAAAUGAAUACUCUACCAACAGGAAAUAUUUGAAAAACUUAACUAUAAAUUGCGUUCAUUUUUUGGUUAAUGAGUGUAUAACUACUACUACUGCUUCUACUAAUACUAAUAAAAUAAUAAUAAUAAACUUUAUUGAAAUUGAAAGAGGGGGAGGGGCGUAGACGACCAUCUUUUUUCUUCCGUGCCCCUCAUGAAAAUAAUUGUGGUCACGUUUUCUCGGGGAAAAUAGUUUCGAACUAGACCAUCUCAUGGCAUCUUUGUAUAUUGUAGACAGGCGCGUACGCAGGGGGGG